AUGUCGGACGGAGAAGACGAUACCAAGUCCCAAGUCAGCGCGGCCGCCGAGGUCGAGGUUUCCGCCGAUGCAUCGGCUGGAAAGGGCCAGAUGAGCGUCCUCGAGGCCCUCAAGGGAGUCCUCAAGCUCGCUCUCAUCCACGACGGACUCGCCCGCGGUCUGCGCGAGGCCUCCAAGGCCCUCGACCGUCGCCAGGCACACAUGUGCGUUCUCAACGAGGCUUGCGAGGAGGAGGCAUACAAGAAGCUCGUUGUUGCGCUGUGCUCUGAGCACAAGAUUCCGUUGAUCAAGGUCCCGGAUGGCAAGCAGCUCGGCGAGUGGGCUGGUCUCUGCCAGAUCGACCGUGAAGGCAACCCCCGCAAGGUCGUCAACUGCUCUUGCGUUGUUGUCAAGGAUUGGGGUGAGGAGUCCCAGGAGCGCAGCAUCCUCCUCAACUACUUCCAGACCGAGCAGUAA